ACAGCAGUUGGUGCACAACCAUCUUUCCACCAGAUGAAAACGAAUAUGGCAUUAGUUUUUCGGAUUGGCUGUUGUGCGCGUUUUCUGCCCGUUCAUUGGGAAGCAGCAAGAACAUUUGGCCUUAUCAUCGGACGCACGGCUAGGACCACCUUCUACACAAGCAUCAGCACUUCCUCUUUUGCCAUUAGCAACAUGUAUCUGGAUCAUGGACCAGCGAGCGGUAGCAACAAGAACAUAUUCGGUACUUCGACCAACAUAGCUGAAGAAGCUAAUUUUCGCUUUAUCUUGGGAAAGCACCGGAAAUGCGUUCAGAGCUUGGUGAUGGUAUCACACCUGCCCAAACAUCUCAGCGACUCACUUAACUCUUCUGCCGGAAAUGGUUGUAUUGGCCCUAUAGUCGCUGGAGGAGGAACCUUUUCGAUUCCAUCCAGUAUUAUAAUUUCAAAAUUGACUGGACAGGGUAGGUAACGGCCUGGUACAGGAGAAUAAGACGGCAGAGGAAAAUUCCCAGGACAAUUAGUAGACGCCAAAUGACUUUGUAGGUGAAGAAACGUC